AACGUGCAGAAGAAGACAAACUGGAGUUACUGGAUUUGUUAUGAUAUCGUUUAGUAGGGGGAGAUGAAUCACCUGGAUGUGACUCUUAAUUGAUAUGUCAUCAUCUUAAUAGAAAGGUAACCUGAAAUAUAAACCUACUUUUACCUUUUUCUUCCUGCCUUUGACGUCAUAACGGACUAAUGUUCAACGUUAGCAAACCGAGGAAGUGACCGUUCAUUUAUUCCGUGACGAGAGGAGUGAAAACACACAAACAAGCAGCCUUUUCCAGUGUGCAGGCAGUUGUUGUCCAUCAGCCCGCUGGAGAAGAUCGAGUUAAAGAGGGGGGCAGAGGAGGGAAACACAGCAGGCAGAGAGACAGCAGGAGGAUUCACCAUGCCUCUGUUCUUCAGAAAGAGGAAGCCCAGCGAGGACUCCCAGAAGAGGCUGGAGUAUCAGCUGUGCCGGUCGAAGGAAGCUGGUGCUGAUGACAACCUGGACAUCUCAGCGUGUGAGCUCUCGGAGGUUCCCUCGAGUAUCUUUUCCAUUUGCAAAGUGCUGCAGAAGAAGGUCCUGAUCCUUCAUAACAACGAGCUGAGGUCAUUAGUGCCCAAAGGAUGUGACAUCAGCAAUCUGUACACUUUAAAGGUUUUAGACCUGCAUGACAACAAGAUCACUUCACUGCCUGAUAACAUCGGGAAGCUGGCGUCACUGCAGAUCCUAAAUGUGGAAAAGAACCGUUUAAAGUCUCUGCCGGACUCUAUUGCUGAUCUGCGGCUUCUGCAGACUCUAAAUCUAAAAGGUAACAGUCUCAGUGAGCUGACAGCUUCAGUUGGUUCUUUGAGCAGCCUGAGGACUCUAGACGUGAGCGACAACAACAUCACCCAGCUGCCCAAAGCUGUCGCUUACAUCAGAACGCUGGAGAGCUUUACCCUGGAUGCUGCCAUGAUGUCAUAUCCACCUGCAUCUGUGUGCUCAGAAGGAACAGAGAGUAUCCAACGCUUUCUCUGCGACGAACUGGGAGAAGAGUACUGCCCCCCGUCCCAGUACCUCCUCCCUGUCCUGGAGAGUGACUGUGGCAAACAGAACUCUGACUGUGUGGAUGGUCUGGAGGAGGCCUGGCAGAACAAAUUCAGUGACUACGAGAAGAGAAAGGAGGAGAAGAAACAGGAGAAAAUCGCCUUCGAGCGUCACCUGGAGGAGAAGCAGAAGGAGCACACACAGCUUCUUCUCAUGAACACAUCACGCAAGGAAAACAUGCUCAACUCAGUGCGACAGGAGCAGGAGCGUGUGGAGCUGGGCGUUUCUCAGCAGCAGAGGGCUCAGGACGCCGAGAGGCUGCUGGUGCUGGAGAGAAUCCGAUACGCUGAAGACAACAUCAGCGGCCGCAUCAGCAACAUGCUGAUGGACAAAAACAGGCAGAAAAAGAGUGCAGAGUUUCUUCAGGCCAUGGAGGAGGAUCGGAUUCGUAUGGAGCAUCUGACUGCCAUCACUCAGGAGGAGACUAAUUCACUGAGGAAGAGGGAGGUGGCAGCGGCCAUGCAGAAGAUGCUGUCAGACAGCUGUGCCAUGAGUCUUUUUCAGGAGGCUAGCGACUUCCGCAGAAAGAGCUUGGUGAAUGAGGCCUACAGGAGUAUGGAGAGUUUGGACCGGAAGUUUGACAAGAUGCUGUCCCUUCAAGUUUUGGACAAAUCCAAGGCCAUCGCCCAGAUCUUACAGGAGGAAGAGAUGCAGAAAGCUGCCUUCCAGGCUCUGCAGCUGCAGAAAGACGCUGUACACGGAUACAUCCGCAACCAGAUCAAACUCAUAGAGAGUGAGUUAAUGCAGCUGACUAAACUGGAGAUUAAAAGAAGAAAUCUGGACACUGAGAACCUGCAGGAGGUUCUGGUGGAGCAGCGCUCGGCUCUCAGUGAUUUGUUGCAGCAGCUGCUGAAGCAGAAAGACCAGAGAGAGCAGGAGCUGCGGGUGGUUCUGGCGGAGAUGGAGCAGAAGUCAGAGUCCAACCAGCAGAACUAUUGGAUGAUUCAGUACCAGAGACUGCUGGACGCCAAGCCGCUCACACUGCGCAUGCAGGAAGCAGGCGUGGAGAAGGAGUUAGUGAACCUGCUGUGCAGACUGUCCGCUCAGCACUACCUGCCCAUCCUCGCUCACCACAGAGUGACCACUGAGGAGCUUCGCUACAUGAACUCAUCGGACCUCAAGAAGCUCGGCAUCAACGAAGUAGGAAUCCAGAAAGCUCUCCUGAAAUGGGCUCGAGAUCACAAGCCUGCAGGAGCUUGUAAGGCUGCACCAGAGGAGGAGGAGGAGGAGGCAGAGGUCAGACCCUCAGCUCCGUCUCCUUCUCCCCUUCCAUCGAUUCCCACCACCUCAGCCAUCCACAUCCCCAGCCCUCCACUCACCCCGGGGACCCCCGUCACCCCUUCAGCACCCAGCCCUGUGGAGGGUCCAGGGAGCUCGGAGUGUGUGGUGUGCAUGGAGACCGGGUCUCAGGUCAUCUUCCUGCCCUGCGGUCACGUGUGCUGCUGUCAGGUGUGCAACGACGCCAUGCAGAACUGCCCUCUGUGUCGUAGCAACAUAUCUCAGCGUAUACGCCUCUAUCAGAGCUGAAGCCCCUCCUCCUCCUCCUCCUCCUCUGACCACAGCUCUCUGUAUCCUUGCAUGGUCAUCAAGCUGCUGUGAGCGAACCUGCCAUCAUGUAGACGAGCUUGUAGCUGAGCCACUUCCCUGUAUUAACCAGACAGUACUUGGUGAAAUAAUUAUUUUAAUGUGUUUUAAUUUCACUGCUGUUACUCUGUUUUUGUUUUCUGUUUGUUUGAUAUAUUUAGAGCCAAGUGUUUUACACUCCUCACUUUUUAAAGACCAACUGUUCUUUGCCUUAUUAUAGAUUCUUAAACGCUGCGUGCCUUUUUCUGGAAAUCUCUUCCUUUAAAUAAUAUUACACGUCUCUUGUCAACCAAAGUAACAUGUCAGACAUUUACAGAAGAGUCCCUCCUGUACAGGGUAUUUCAGACCGGGGAGAAGCAGAUUCAGAAGGGAAUACAGAUUCACAAAUACUGUGAGUAUUUAAAGUCAGAUUGUGGAUUUAGCACUUAUUUUCCCCCGACAUGACUCUUAGAAUUCUUCUGACGGCUGCUCUCUCAGACUAAUAUCUUUAUAAAAGGAUAUGAAACAUGAUGAUUCACUUCACAUUCAGCUGUGAUGCCCUGCUUCGUGUGCUGCAGACAGUGCUGAGAGGAUUGUAAACUAUUUAUUCAACAUGCGCUCUGUUGCAUAAAGUACAUGUCCACAUCAUUUCUAAAAGACCCCAAACAUUGUUCUCUGCUUUCUUUGUUCUGUAGAAAUGUUUUCCUGAAGGCACAUACGCUGAACAUAUCGGAUUAUAACAUCUGAUGACGACCUCUGUAUCGGUCAAUACUCAUUCACUAACACAUCAUCUGUUGAGUGUUUUUCCUUUUUGAUAUCGCUGCGACUUUUCUUUGCAUCACGUCCGCAGCUUUGUUUCCCCUUUUCUGUCCGAGGCGUCUGUCCCGUCUCAUCCAGGCCGCUCUGUGCCUGCUGCAAAAUAAAUCCUAAUGACAUAAUAAUGACUGUUAAGAUAAUAACCAGGGAGACACACUCUGCGUUGUUUGACCCCUGUUAGCAUCACCGGUUGGUCUUCGGUUGGUUUUAUUCCAUUCCAUACUGUAGUUUAUGGCCCCUUGUUUGCAGAGUGAGAAUCUGAAACACAAAGAACACAGAUUUAGUUUUGUUAUCCUGAAAUAUGAAUGUAUACAGUAGUCUAAUGGCUGCGCCUCUGGAGAAAGGUUUUUUUUUUUGUUUCAUUUAAAAUUUUAGGGGGGGCUUAUUUUUAUUUUGUUUUAAUUUAAGUUAUUUUUUAAGUUGUGAUUUUAAAAAAGUUUUAACUAAGUUAUGUUUUAUUCUUGAGGGAACUGUUUUAUUUGAGAUAAUAAGCCGGAUAGUAUCAGGAGAGUUUUUCUGACUGGUGUGAUAUUAAUGUACGAAGCCUCAGCGACGUCACCCGUCUGUUCCUGCAGGGGGCGCUGGAGUCCCAUCGAUGGCGGUCUCCAUGCUGGAAAUGCUGUCUCAG